AUGUUCCGAGCCUGCUCCACAUCUAGCCUAUCCUCCUUCAACUACAAGAAACACAUGAGGGUAGCUAAACCUUACCAAGAGUUCCCUCCUCAGAAACUGACUCGUGUUAAUGAAGGGACACACAAUGUUAUGGAAAGAGAUUACACAAUGUUGAAGGGCUUAGUGUUUGAACAUGGGAGCAGAGCUGCAGUGUAAGGGCAGCAGAGUUUAAAGAUGGCUAUUAGUGAGGCUUCCAGGAAUGGUGUUAUAGGGUCUAUUCUCAUUGACGAGAAUUAAGGAGAAUUUCCAGAGAUUCUCAAGAGGUAUCGAUUCUCGAGAGACAUUACUGUAAUGUAAACUUGCGUAUUUCUCACGUCUCGAACGCUACCUCUGGAGGUCACGCACGGCACUCGCCCGACAGUUUCCCUCCUAAGUAGGGCAGUGUAAACAGAAUUGUCUUGUUGAGCCCAACAUUCAUACAGUAAAAAUACUAAUAGCAGAGCAAUGUUUUUGAAACGGUUGAAAUGUAUAGACAUUUUGUAUUAUAUUUGGGACUUGUUUUAUUGAGUUUUCAUCUGAAAUUGCAGUAAAAGCCUGUGACAUUCUAAAAUUGUCGCAGUGGAAAGGGAAACUCAACUGUGUUUUUUCUCCAGGCAAGAAGCUGAUCAACUCACCAGGGAAAUUAUCAAUGUUUUCAGUCGCAAUUGCAAUUUUGCAUUUACCUCAUAAAAUGAAGCCUGGUUUGUUCUAAGGUAACUUUAAUAAGCUGAAACUGUACAUUUAUAUUCGUAUAUUGAUAUGCUGAUGUUACUGCUAGCUAGCUGAAUUGUUGUAUUAUUCAAGAGUGUAAUGUGGUUUGGUUGUAUUACUCAAGAGUGUAGCUAAUAUGUUUUAGAGGAAAAGUUGCUCGCAUUGUUGAAUAAAGCCCCACAGUGGAGGUGUCAUAAUACCCAUAAAACCUAGCGGUCAAACAGGGAAAUGGUUCCAAUUGUUUUUCCACCAUUAAUUUUUCCCAUAGGGGAUUUUUGAAACACUUCAAAUAAGGGCUGUGUUUCCUGCGGUGACGUUUUGAUAACCAUGUAAAUCUCUCUUGGACAAGGUGACUUUUAUCAAUAUAUUCAGCUCUAUUUACUCUCAGAUUUGAAAAAUGCUAAUUGGCAUCAACGUAGACAUCUUGCAAAACUACAAAUCCCUGCAAGCUCCUGCAUGUCAUCUCUAGCUGACACCUUUGCUAAAAGGUAUUGUGUCAAUUUAAAACUUGCACAAGACAGUUCACAGAAUUGUCCAUUUAAAGACAUUUAGACAAUUUAUUAAUUACUACAUUUAGCUAACAUUAGAUAGUUAAUCCAGAGAUUCUUACCUUUGUCUCGAUUCGGCAGUCUCGUCCAGAUCAUGGCAUUUGUAGUACUUUAUGAUAGCCACAUUAGCAGCUAAUUAACGUUUUCAUUUUUUUAAAAUAUAUUGAUAAAAGUCACCUUGUCCUAGAGCGAUUUACACGGUUAUCAAAACGUCAUGCCAGGGUAAGCCUACAUGAAACACAUCCCUUAUUUGAAGUGUUUCUAAAAUCCCCUAUGGGAAAAAUGAAUGGUGGAAAAACCAAUGGUGGAACCAUUUCCCUGUUUGACCGGUAGGUUUUAUGGGUAUUAUGACUCAUACUGUGGUACUCUAUAGUUUGCAAGCUUGCUGGCUAGUUAGUAGCUACUGUGAUACUGAUAUUUACGGUACAUUUGCAGCUGCAGAGCAAGAAUGUCACGUUGCUAGCCACAAUGAAAGCUAAGGCAAGGAUGUAAUGUAAAUUGAAAAGUUCAUGUCGCUGCCUCUCCUUAUAGAGCUGUAUGUUAAUGAUCACAGAGAAGGACCCUGGCAGGAAUAUGUAAGGGCUGGGGGGGAACCUGUCUUGUUGGCAGAGAGCUGAAGAAUUGAUCAGGGGGGUGUUGGCAAACAUUCAGAGGAUAACCGGUUGCUUCAGCAGAGAACUGCCAGACAGUGCAGACAGCCGUGUCAAUGAUAAUAAACAGCCUCUUUCCCCGACAACUGAUUCAAACUACCUGCAUCUUACUACCUAAACUGAUCAAAACUACCGUUGAAGCAAUCAAUCUAGAGCCUCUUCACAUGGAGUCAAAUCAUGGUUGUGAUCCUAAAACCGCAGUGUACAAAAAUGUAUAUUGCUCUGUCACUUAGAUUGUGGCUACAUUACCAAAGGUGUUAGACACACCAGAUUCGAUCUGUUCCAUAUGCUAUAUUGGUUAUGGAUUCCUGAAUCCCCUCCCUGGGUGUAGAAGAGGUGCAGAAAUCAAUACUUUUCAGUCUGACACACUUGCUGUUAGGGCUGGGAAUUGCCAGGGACCUCACGAUACAGUGAGGGAAAAAAGUAUUUGAUCCCCUGCUGAUUUUGUACGUUUGCCCACUGACAAAGAAAUGAUCAGUCUAUAAUUUUAAUGGUAGGGUUAUUUGAACAGUGAGAGACAGAAUGUCAAAAAAUUUAUAAAUUGAUUUGCAUUUUAAUGAGGGAAAUAAUUAUUUGACCCCCUCUCAAUUAGAAAGAUUUCUGGCUCCCAGGUGUCUUUUAUACAGGUAACGAGCUGAGAUUAGAGCACACUCUUAAAGGGAGUGCUCCUAAUCUCAGCUUGUUACCUGUAUAAAAGACACCUGUCCACAGAAGCAAUCAAUCAGAUUCCAAACUCUCCACCAUGGCCAAGACCAAAGAGCUCUCCAAAGAUGUCAGGGACAAGAUUGUAGACCUACACAAGGCUGGAAUGGGCUACAAGACCAUCGCCAAGCAGCUUGGUGAGAAGGUGACAACAGUUGGUGCGAUUAUUCGCAAAUGGAAGAAACGCAAAAUAACUGUCAAUCUCCCUCGGCCUGGGGCUCCAUUCAAGAUCUCACCUUGUGGAGUUGCAAUGAUCAUGAGAACGGCGAGGAAUCAGCCCAGAACUACACGGGAGGAUCUUGUCAAUGAUCUCAAGGCAGCUGGGACCAUAGGCACCAAGAAAACAAUUGGUAACACACUACGCCGUGAAGAACUGAAAUCCUGCAGCGCCCGCAAGGUCCCCCUGCUCAAGAAAGCACAUAUACAUGCCCGUCUGAAGUUUGCCAAUGAACAUCUGAAUGAUUCAGAGGAGAACUGGGUGAAAGUGUUGUGGUCAGAUGAGACCAAAAUCGAGCUCUUUGGCAUCAACUCAACUCGCUGUGUUUGAAGGAGGAGGAAUGCUGCCUAUGACCCCAAGAACACCAUCCCCACCGUCAAACAUGGAGGUGGAAACAUUAUGCUUUGGGGGUGUUUUUCUGCUAAGGGGACAGGACAACUUCACCGCAUCAAAGGGACGAUGGACGGGGCCAUGUACCGUCAAAUCUUGGGUGAGAACCUCCUUCCCUCAGCCAGGGCAUUGAAAAUGGGUCGUGGAUGGGUAUUCCAGGAUGACAAUGACCCAAAACACACGGCCAAGGCAACAAAGGAGUGGCUCAAGAAGAAGCACAUUAAGGUCCUGGAGUGGCCUAGCCAGUCUCCAGACCUUAAUCCCAUAGAAAAUCUGUGGAGGGAGCUGAAGGUUCGAGUUGCCAAACGUCAACCUCGAAACCUUAAUGACUUGGAGAAGAUCUGCAAAGAGGAGUGGAACAAAAUCCCUCCUGAGAUGUGUGCAACUACAAGAAACAUCUGACCUCUGAUUGCCAACAAGGGUUUUGCCACCAAGUACUAAGUAAUGUUUUGCAGAGGGGUCAAAUACGUAUUUCCCUCAUUAAAAUGCAAAUCAAUUUAUAACAUUUUUGACAUACGUUUUUCUGGAUUUUGUUGUUAUUCUGUCUCUCACUGUUCAAAUAAACCUACCAUUAAAAUUAUAGACUGAUCAUGUUUUUGUCAGUGGGCAAACGUACAAAAUCAGCAGGGGGGAUCAAAUACUUUUUUCCCUCACUGUAGGUGCCGAUACUAUAUGUAUUGCGAUUCUCACGAUUCUAUAUAUUGCUCACCAUGUCUGCUGCAGAGGGACGAGAGAGCCAUGAGAAAACAAGUUUUGAUCAGUCAUGAAAAUAAAAGUGCUGAAAACAAAUUGGCUCACAAUUAAAAUGAAGAUGUAGAACAAGCUAUAAAGGAAAAAUACUGGAGUUUUGGUGCAGGGACAAGGACUAGCGCAAAAAUUAAUUUCCUGAUACACUACAUGACCAGAAGUAUGUGGACACCUGCUCGUCGAACAUCUCAUUCCAAAAUCAUGGGCAUUAAUACGGAGUUAUUCCCCCUUUGCUGCUAUAACACUCUUCUGGGAAGGCUUUCCACUAGAUGUAUGAUUAUUGCUGCAGGGACUUGCUUCCAUUCAGCCACAAGAUAAUUAGUGAGUUCGGGCACUGAUGUUUGGCGAUUAGGCCUGACUCGCAAUCAGCGUUCCAAUUCAUCCCAAAGGUGUCCGAUGGGGUUGAGGUCAGGGCUCUGUGCAGGCCAGUCAAGUUCUUCCACACCAAUCUCGACAAACCAUUUCUGUGCACGGGUGUAUUGUCAUGCUGAAACAGGAAAGGGCCUUCCCCAAACUGAUGCCACAAAGUUGGAAGCACAGAAUCGUCUAGAAUGUCAUUGUAUGCUGUAGCAUUAAGAUUUCCCUUCACUGGAACUAAGGGGCCUGAACCAUGAAAAACUGCCCCAGACCAUUAUUCCUCCUCCACCAAACUUUACAGUUGGCACUAAGCAUUGGGGCAGGUAGCGUUCUCCUGGCAUCCGCCAAACCCAGAUUUGUCUGUCGGACUGCCAGAUGGUGAAGCGGGAUUCAUCACUCCAGAAAAUGCAUUUCCACUGCUCCAGAGUCCAAUGGCGGCAAGGUUUACACCACUCCAGCCGACACUUGGAAUUGCGCAUGGUGAUCUUAGGCUUGUGUGCGGCUGCUCGGCCAUGGAAACCCAUUUCAUGAAGCUCCCAACAAACAGUUAUUGUGCUGACGUUGCUUCCAGAGGCAGUUUGGAACUAGGUAGUGAGUGUUGCAACCAGGGGCGGCCUGUUCAAUAGGGCGAUAUGGGCGACGCACUGCCAAACGGGAAAAGGAAGGGAUUUUUUUUCUAAUCAAUUAUAUCACGGCAACAGUAGUUAUCAGUGUUGUAAUCUAUACGUCUGAUCUGCCACAGUGCCACACUGCCACUAAAUGUCGAAUCAGGCUAAAGUCGUGCUUCAAAUGGCUCCCCCCCCUUUUGGGGCGAUUUCAGUCAGGUUGAAAAUCGCCCAGAAGUCUGUAAUAGACUCCCAUGUAAAAUCUUUUUUUUUCAAAUUUCAGAGCCUUCAAUACAAUCUCAAUGGGUGUCUGUGGGCUUGCACUUACGCGCUUUCGUCAUACGUUACGUAACCAUGAACGUAACUGAGAAAAGAGUGGAUUGUUUGAAAGAAGUUCCUUUUUGUCGGCGAACAAAUGGAGAUAAAUUGGCAACGAAACAAUUAGGACCUCCCAGACCAAAUUUAAUAAUUCAACAGGUUUCUACUAAAGGCGGAAAGUCCUACACCCGAGGAUUUUCCAAAAAUUGGUACGAACGAAAAAAGACAUUGCCACUCACUCAACUGGAUGACGAGGGAUACAGGCUAGCUGUCCGCCGCCACAACGAUGAGGUUAGUGUUGAUAAUCACAAGUUUACUGGAUGUGGAUAUGGUGUAAUAAAGGCAGUUUAUUCAGAGGUAAAUAUAUCUGGAAUCACGUUCACGGACCCGUUCGUCAAACUCUUAGGGAGCUAUAAAUUAAGCCCCAUUACUUACCAUAUCAGAUAAGAGAAAUUGCUGCAGCUACAUAUAUUUUACAUCCUGGCCCUACAUAGUUCACUAUUUGCAUCACUUACCAAAAUAUUACAUGUGGUCAUAUAUGCUUGGAAAGUGGAGAUGCCAUAGAACGUCAAAAAAGUAAACAUUGCUGGAGACACAUUGCCGUUUUGGAGAAGACAUCGCGUUUGCUAGCGAAGAGAUUUGUUGUGGCAAAUGAACUUGGGCUGGGAAUUGCCAGGAACCUCACGAUAAGAUAUAUGCAUCAGCAUUGCGAGUCUCAUGAUUCUAUACGUAUUGCGAUUCGAUACUGUGAUUUUAUUGCGCACCAUAUGUCUGUUGCAGAGCGAUCAGAAAGCCAUGAGAACGAGUUUUGAUCAGUCAUGGAAAUAAAAGUGCUGAAAACAAAUUUGCUCCCAAUGUGAAAAGAUUGAGAACAAGCUAUGAAGGAACAAUAAUGGUGUUUUGGUGCAGGUACAGCCAACUAGCGCUAAAAUAUUGCGAUAUUGUCAAUACAGUAUAUCGUAAAGUAUCACUAUGUAACUCGAUUUCUUUCACCCCAAUCCCUCAAAUUAACGGUAAAUAACUGAAUUGUUUGCCCCACAUUUAGCUAAGAUGAUUAGCUAGCCAGCUAAAAUGUUUUAUUUAGUUAGCAGUCGCAUCUACAAUAGUUUACUGUCAAUAACAUGUCUCCAAAAAUGACGUGGUGUCUCCAAUUGUGUUGACAUUUUACAAUUGCAAUGCGCAUCCAUGAGUAUCCACUUUCUGUAGCUCAGCUGGUAGAGCAUGGUGCUUGUAACGCCAAGGUAGUGGGUUCGAUCCCCGGGACCACCCAUACACAAAAAUGUAUGCACGCAUGACUGUAAGUCGCUUUGGAUAAAAGCGUCUGCUAAAUGGCAUAUUAUUAUUAUUAUUAUUAUUAUUAUUAUCUGAAGAGAGCCCCGAAACAUUGUGUGCAGACAUUUUAUGCAAUAAAUGAAGUAGGUUCAAUCUAGUAGUUCUGAUCUUCUGAUUGGUCCUGAUGAGUUGGGCGAGGUCCCCUGCAGGCUACUGUCACUGUUGCAUUGGCUCUGAGUCGGGUUCUCUGUCUUCAAAUGUUCAGCCUAAGAGAGGGGAUUUUUGUGUGUGUGUGUGUGUGUGUGUGUUUAACAGUGAUGAUGUGUGUGUGUGUGUGUGUGUUUAACAGUGAUGAUGUGUGUGUGUGUGUGUGUUUGUGUGUGUGUGUGUCCUCAGAGCAAGAACUCGUGAGUUGGAAGAACUGAGAGGCCUAUGGCUUGGGUGUUGUCCUUGGCCACCUGCUGACAAGGCUGACAAGAUAGGACCCUUUUGUCCAUUGUUAUUGGAUAGGAACAGAACUUAUAACCAGCUCCUGACCUAAAUAGAUCUUAGCACAACAUUUUACUCAACAUAUCAUAUUCCAUAUUCACUAUAACAAAUAUAUUUACUACGACAUUAGCAAGAACCGCCACAUCCUCAGCCGGCUAAUCCAGUGUGUGAAGUUUUGCGGAGUGUUUGAGUUAGCUUUGCGAGGCAAAGAUGAAACUGAGGGCUCCACCAACCCUGGUAAGCCAACACUUUUGAGAUCAGUCAAUAAAUGCUUCUGGUAUUGACUUAUAUGCUGCCCCUGUCUUCAUGUUGUUGCUGGACAUAUCUUUUUUUAAAUGUGUGUAGGUCACCUAAAUCAUCAGAAAAAUUGCCCCUCCUGAGAAUUUUUUCAGGAGCCGCCACUGGUUGCAACCAAGGACAGAUUAUUUUUACGCGCUACGUGCUUCAGCACUCGGCGGUCCCGUUCUGUGAGCUUGUGUGGCCUACCACUUUGUGGCUGAGCCGUUGUUGCUCCUAGUCAUUCCACUUCACAAUAACAGCACUUACAGUUGACGGGGCAGCUCUAGCAGGGCGAACUGACUUGUUGGAAAGGUGGCAUCCUAUGACGGUGCCACGUUGAAAGUCACUGAGCUCUUCAGUAUGGGCCAUUCUACUGCCAAUGUUUGUCUAUUGACAUUGCAUGGCUGUGUACUCGAUUUUAUACACCUGUCAGCAACUGGUGUGGCUGAAAUGGCCAAAUCCACGAAUUUGAAGGGGUGUCCACAUACUUUUGUAUAUAUAGUGUAUGUAACUGUAUAAUUUUUUCCCCCCAUCACUACUUGCUGUCCUCCUGUGUACAAACGCUCCCUCACGGUGAAAGCAGCCAAGAAGACAAACUACUGUGUUUUCUUUCUCCUUCAAGGAAGAUCUGUGCUGAUGACACAUGACUCAUAGUUUCUCCUCGCCCCUGUGACUCACCUAUUCCAGGCCUGUAUAUAUACAGUGGGGAGAACAAGUAUUUGAUACACUGCCGAUUUUGCAGGUUUUCCUACUUAAAAAGCAUGUAGUCUGUAAUUUUUAUCAUAGGUACACUUCAACUGUGAGAGACGGAAUCUAAAACAAAAAUCCAGAAAAUCACAUUGUAUGAUUUUUAAGUAAUUAAUUUGCAUUUUAUUGCAUGACAUAAGUAUUUGAUCACCUACCAACCAGUAAGAAUUCCGGCUCUCACAGACCUGUUAGUUUUUCUUUAAGAAGCCCUCCUGUUCUCCACUCAUUACCUGUAUUAACUGCACCUGUUUGAACUCGUUAUCUGUAUAAAAGACACCUGUCCACACACUCAAUCAAACAGACUCCAACCUCUCCACAAUGGCCAAGACCAGAGAGCUGUGUAAGGACAUCAGGGAUACAAUUGUAGACCUGCACAAGGCUGGGAUGGGCUACAGGACAAUAGGCAAGCAGCUUGGUGAGAAGACAACAACUGUUGGCGCAAUUAUUAGAAAAUGGAAGAAGUUCAAGAUGACGGUCAAUCACCCUCGGUCUGGGGCUCCAUGCAAGAUCUCACCUCGUGGGGCAUCAAUGAUCAUGAGGAAGGUGAGGGAUCAGCCCAGAACUACACGGCAGGACCUGGUCAAUGACCUGAAGAGAGCUGGGACCACAGUCUCAAAGAAAACCAUUAGUAACACACAGGCCCGUCUGAAGUUUACCAAUGACCAUCUGGAUGAUCCAGAGGAGGAAUGGGAGAAGGUGUGGUCUGAUGAGACAAAAAUAGAGCUUUUUGGUCUAAACUCCACUCGCCGUGUUUGGAGGAAGAAGAAGGAUGAGUACAACCCCAAGAACACCAUCCCAACCGUGAAGCAUGGAGGUGGAAACAUCAUUCUUUGGGGAUGCUUUUCUGCAAAGGGGACAGGACGACUGCACCGUAUUGAGGUGAGGAUGGAUGGGGCCAUGUAUCGCGAGAUCUUGGCCAACAACCUCCUUCCCUCAGUAAGAGCAUUGAAGAUGGGUCGCGGCUGGGUCUUCCAGCAUGACAACGACCCAAAACACACAGCCAGAGCAACUAAGGAGUGGCUCCAUAAGAAGCAUCUCAAGGUCCUGGAGUGGCCUAGCCAGUCUCCAGACCUGAACCCAAUAGAAAAUCUUUGGAGGGAGCUGAAAGUCCGUAUUGCCCAGCGACAGCCCUGAAACCUGAAGGAUGUGGAGAAGGUCUGUAUGGAGAAGUGGGCCAAAAUCCCUGCUGCAGUGUGUGCAAACCUGGUCAAGACCUACAGGAAACGUAUGAUCUCUGUAAUUGCAACCAAAGGUUUCUGUACCAAAUAUUAAGUUCUGCUUUUCUGAUGUAUCAAAUACUUAUGUCAUGCAAUAAAAUGCAAAUGAAUUACUUAAAAAUCAUACAACGUGAUUUUCUGGAUUUUUGAUUUUAGAUUCCGUCUCUCACAGUUGAAGUGUACCUAUGAUAAAAAUUACAGACCUCUACAUGCUUUGUAAGUAGGAAAACCUGCAAAAUCGGCAGUGUAUCAAAUACUUGUUCUCCCCACUAUAUUGAAGCAACAUCUCAAGACAUCAGUCAGGAAGUUAAAGCUUGGUCGCAAAUGGGUCUUCCAAAUGGACAAUGACCCCAAGCAUACUUCCAAAGUUGUGGCAAAAUGGCUUAAGGACAACAAAGUCAAGGUAUUGGAGUGGCCAUCACAAAGCCCUGACCUCAAUCCUAUAGAAAAUAUGCGGGCAGAACUGAAAAAGCGUGUGCGAGCAAGGAGGCCUACAAACCUCCCGAGUGGCGCAGCGGUCUAAGGCACUGCAUCUCAGUGCUUGAGGCGUCACUACAGACCCCCUGGUUCGAUUCCAGGCUGUAUCACAACCGGCCGUGAUUGGUAGUCCCAUAGGGCGGCGCACAAUUGGCCCAGCGUCGUCCGGGUUUGGCCGGUGUAGGCCGUCAUUGUAAAUAAGAAUUAGUUCUUAACUGACUUGCCUAGAUAAAUAAUGGUAAAAUAUAUAUAUAUAUAUAUAUAUAUAUAUAUAUAUAUAUAUAUAUAUAUAUAUAUAUAUAUAUAUAUAUAUUUUUUUUUUUUAAACCUGACUCAGUUACACCAGCUCUGUCAGGAGGAAUGGGCCAAAAUUCACCCAAUUUAUUGUGGGAAGCUUGUGGAAGGCUACCUGAAACGUUUGACCCAGUUUAAACAAUUUAAAGGCAAUGCUACCAAAUACUAUUUGACCCACUGGGAAUGUGAUGAAAGAAAUAAAAGCUGAAAUAAAUCAUUCUCUCUACUAUUAUUCUGACAUUUCACAUUAAAAUAAAGUGGUGAUCCUAACUGACCUAAGACUAAUGUCAGGAAUUGUGAAAAACUGAGUUUAAAUGUAUUUGGCUAAGGUCUAUGUAAACUUCCGACUUCAACUGUAUUAAUCUAAGCUCACUAGGCCUAAAUCACAAUGCUGUUUUCCUCUGUGUGGGCUUUCACAACUUUAGUGGAAGUUUCUUGGCUUUACUUUAGUGAAUGCAAUGAAAUCCCAAGUAAGCUGUGUGUGUUUCUGUGUGUAUCCAGAGGACGUGUUCAGCUCGGCAUCCUAUGAGCAGCUCAUUAUUCAUGAUAGGACUGGGGCUGUUUUUGUUCCUGUCUUUGUCAGUGCAGGGAGCCUGUUGGAAGCCAAUAACCCUAUUUAGCUCCUGAGCAAGGCUCUGCCGUAUUUAAUAAGGCCUUCAGCUGGGAGGAAUGUUUGGGGAAAUGUAUGAAGCCCCUGUGCGUGUUUAGGAAAUGUGUUAAUAAUCGGCCAACCAGCCGCGACCCAGUUCCCUGCCAUUCGGCAUCCGGGGGAAAACGUCACGUUUGGUCCGCCUGCUGAGAUGGACAGGGGAGAGUCUAUGGUUGUCUCCGUAGAGACAGACUGGAUUUUCAAACAGCAUCAGACAGUGUUGCCUCUCUCUCUUAGUAUCUUGGAUCAAGAUGAUUCUGAAAUGUUCAAUGCUAUAGGCCUAUACGCUGAUCGGCUUGCUACCUCACAGAACAAGUUCAGUUCCAAUUACACUGGAUUAAAGUCAACUUGUCAGCAGUCAGACAACAGAACGAGGGCCCUGGAAGUGGAGAGGCCUGUAUAAACGGCACUCCUCCUCUCUCAGGAUUGGUCCUCAGCCUGGGAGAGGAGUGUGCCCUCUGACCUACUGCAGGCUGGAGCUGGCCCUGAGAGAAAUGGAACCUGCUGAUGAUCCUACUGCAGGCUGAAGCUGGCCCUGAGAGAAAUGGAACCUGCUGAUCCUACUGCAGGCUGGAGCUGGCCCUGAGAGAAAUGGAACAUGCUGAUGAUCCUACUGCAGGCUGGAGCUGGCCCUGAGAGAAAUGGAACCUGCUGAUGAUCCUACUGCAGGCUGGAGCUGGCCCUGAGAGAAAUGGAACCUGCUGAUGAUCCUACUGCAGUCUUCUUAUCAUUAAAAUGUAAAGCCACGUUCUGUCUGGGAGGCUCUGUUCACAGCACUGGGAGAUUGUUUUCCUUAGUCCAGGUCCUUGAAUAGGCUCUGUUCAAAACUGUAUAGAAACUACACAUAUUUGUCUGUUUCACAUUUAUUUUGUAGCUUAUUAAGGACAUGGGCUUGUUCCGUCAACACAUCGUAAACCAAAUUACAUGGAGUGGCUGCCUGGCCUGUUUCUGUGCCAAAGAGCAGAGAACUGAAUUUGAAGAGUGUUGUUGGCUUGGCUAUUUGACUCGAUAUAGUCAACAGGAAGCAAUUUUCCAGUACUGCGGAGUACUUUCCGCAGAAGCAAAUAAAUAACAGCUGUUGUAAUGACCCCGUCUAUCCUGCUUUACUGUCAAUCCCAUUUAGACUUAUGUUAUCCCUCUGGCUAUUGGGACUGGAGAAGAGCUUAACUAUAACCUUCACAGGCAGCAUGACAUUGAACACAUUCUCAAGCCCUGCACCUGAAGUCCUGCUCCUCUUCUGGCACUAAGCAUCUUCAGUCAGAUGAGGAUCUGCCUCUGUCUGAUAAAUGGAUUUUGUUCACUGUGUGUCUGCGGUGGGCUGGGCUCAGGGGACCUCUGUAUAGCCCUGUGCUGCCUGUUGGAGACAGCAGCUCCAGCUCCACUGCCUGGUGUCCUCCUUCUGUCUGAUGAAACUUGGAGGUGGAUUAGAGGGAGAAAGAGAGACGGCCCGGUUCUGCCAUGGAGGGAGUGCCCUGGAGGAGACGAGACCCACUUUCUCUCUGACAGAACCCUCUCUGGAGACCUCCUUUCCUCAGACCCAGUUCUCUCUCGAUCUCCCCCCCCCCCCCCCCCCCCCCCCCGAUUCCUCUCCUCAGCCUGGCUUGCCCUCUGUGUAGACCUGCUGUCCCGGUGUUCACUGCCCAGGCAGGACCGUAGAAGGUUAUUCUAAUACAGCCUUCUUUAAUCAAUAAGUCAUAAAAGGCUUUUAGGCCGUUAGGAGGAGGUCGUCUCUGAGAUACCUGAACCUCCCACUGAGGCUGAGACAGAAGUAGAAGUCUGACGACAACCUUGAGUUGAACUUAGUUUGACGUUUUUCCCAACAGCAAGUGGAAGGAAAGGAAUGGUGCCCUAUGUUGCUGUAGGACAAUUGGUCAACAUCAAAUCAACGGACUUAAUCUAAUGUUAUGCACCAAUUUCAUUCAACAGAGGAACUUGAUUAAAUUUGUGCUCCAGUAAAUCAGUAAUUCACCUCGUUAGUAAACUAGGAACAAUGCUGUAUGUGUGUGUCUCUAGUCAGUGGCUGCUAAUAUGUUGUUGUUGUGUUGCAGAGGGAGAUGAAGGAGCAGCUGGCCACUCUGCAGGACAGUGAGAAGGGACACACAGAGGCCCUGCAGCUACUGCAGAGACAACUCACUGAGACCAAGGUAACACAACCCACAUACUAUUACUCACUGAGACCAAGGUAACACAACCCACAUACUAUUACUCACUGAGACCAAGGUAACACAGCCCACAUACUAUUACUCACUGAGACCAAGGUAACACAACCCACAUACUAUUACUCACUGAGACCAAGGUAACACAACCCACAUACUAUUACUCACUGAGACCAAGGUAACCAUACCCAGCCCACAUACUAUUACUCACUGAGACCAAGGUAACACAGCCCACAUACUAUUACUCACUGAGACCAAGGUAACACAGCCCACAUACUAUUACUCACUGAGACCAAGGUAACACAGCCCACAUACUAUUACUCACUGAGACCAAGGUAACACAACCCACAUACUAUUACUCACUGAGACCAAGGUAACACACACUUCUCUACUCACUGAGACCGAGGUAACACACACUUCUCUACUCACUGAGACCGAGGUAACACACACUUCUCUACUCACUGAGACCGAGGUAACACACACUUCUCUACUCACUGAGACCGAGGUAACACACACUUCUCUACUCACUGAGACCGAGGUAACACACACUUCUCUACUCACUGAGACCGAGGUAACACACACUUCUCUACUCACUGAGACCGAGGUAACACACACUUCUCUACUCACUGAGACCGAGGUAACACACACUUCUCUACUCACUGAGGACCGAGGUAACACACACUUCUCUACUCACUGAGACCGAGGUAACACACACUUCUCUACUCACUGAGACCGAGGUAACACACACUUCUCUACUCACUGAGACCGAGGUAACACACACUUCUCUACUCACUGAGACCGAGGUAACACACACUUCUCUACUCACUGAGACCGAGGUAACACACACUUCUCUACUCACUGAGACCGAGGUAACACACACCAAGCACACAAAUCCACUUAGACCAAAGUAUAGAGAGCCUUUUGACCUAUUAGAUACCAAGGUAAAUCACCAGUGUGUCCUGUCUCUCUCAUUCUAUCUUUCUCUCUACCUCCGUUUCUCCUACAACUGACAGUGAGAAUCCAAACAGCAAAUUGGUUCAUUGAGCAUCUCUUUAAUCUCGACACCUUGAUUUAACCAGCAGAGCCAGCGCAUCCAGUCGAUACAACAGCUUCUCCUCUCCUUUUCAUUCUGUCUCAUCUCUCCCCCUUAAGCGUCUUUGAGCUGUAGCUGUCGGAGAGGGAGGGCUCUCUGACAGAUAGGGUUUGUGCCGUCAGCGGUAUUUGUCAUUUGGGAUGCAUCGUUCUUCCUGCUGUUUACAUGCUGGCUGUCCACUGGCAUGCCAGCCAAGCCAGCGCCCUCCCGUCUUCCUGUCCUGUUUUGUCCUGUCUGCUUGAGUUCUGCAAUGCAUGACUUUACCCUGGCUUUGGCCAAGAGAGGCAGACCUGCCUGCUUCCACUGCCAUCAACUCCAGCUGACUGCCAGCUGGAGGUCUCCAUUGUAAAUCAGCCCAUCUCAUUAGGUUUGCGUUCAUUUGUCCGAAGUGAUGUGCGUUGCCUGGAAGAGGGCCAUAAAUCGAUCUCUCUGUCUCACAGAUGCAUUUAGGUUAAUGACAAUGAAUUGCUAUUCUGGCCUUCCUGCUUGACCUCACACAGAAACCAAAGGAGAAUUGAUUAGUAGGAUCAAACACUCAAAACACCCAUAAUCCUCUCUACCCCUCUCUCCUCUUUCACCGGCAACAUGAAGGUGCUGAAACGGGAAACUUUGAGCAGGGUGGUGUGAGGCUGCCAUUACCAUUUGUUUUUGGUGUGACUCUUUAAUGUCCCUUAACACUGCUGUUUGUCAGUUAAUUGGUUUAUAUUGGUUAUGGUGCUCUAGUUUAGUUCCAGCCCUGGGACCAUGUGUUUAGGGACGUCCCCUUCCCCGUCUGAAGAGCAGACGACGUCUGAUUCCCAGGCCCGUGGGGGUUCGCCUGAUAAGCACAUGCUGCUGCUCUGAGACCCAGCCUCCUCUCCCUGUAGGCUUAAUAUGGGCUUUUAAAUAUUCACCCUGCCAUAGCCAUAACACCCUGCAGGGACAUGGCACAUCAGUGUUCCACUGCUGCAGGCCUCAUCAGUACUGUCCUCCUCUCUUUGUCACCAGGUGGAGGAGAGCAGCCCACAGCCCACCGUAAACACACCCCACUCCUGCCCUGCUCUGUACUAGAGAUAAAUGAUAUUAAUAGGCUGAAAGCUCCCAGCAGCACAGAGAUAAUAUCUGCCUGCUUCUAGGUUCCUACUGGAACAAGCUUGCUGCUGGAUGGAGAUGGAUUGAUCGAUCGCAGGCAGUAGUUAUAAAACCCAGAUUAUAAUGCUGCUGCCCCUGCUCAUCCGAACUCCAUCCGAACUCCAACUGUGAUGGAGAGGAGUAGAGGAGUCAUUCCACCAAUUGAGUACCUUUUGGGUAGUGUAGUUUUAGUUCACUUCAUUUUAACAUUCUGUCAAAAAGAGCACAUGUUCAGCAUUAAAAAAAAACUAGUUUUCUCAUCUCAAGGUUAUAUAAAAAAGACUAUUGUAAGUGCCUAUUAAGUGCCAAAUAUAGUAACAGGGUUGAGGAUUUCAUCUUAAAUCAGCUAUACAUCCUCUUGUGAUAAGGGGAAUGGAAGCUUGUUGUGUGCAACAGAGAGGGGCAAUUGAAUGCAACCUUAAAAAAAUAAAAAAUCUAAUGUUUAAACAUUUCUAGCCUGUCUAUCUGUGGGUAACAGGGUUUGACGUGUUAUGCUCGACCCACUCUGUUUUCCACCACAAAACACAAGAAAAUGGUCAAAAAGAGUAGACCCAGCUCACCUGGUUUUACACUAUGAUGUGACUGUUAGAUAUUCAAUGUUUCUUUUGAAAAAUAUAUUUAAAAAGGAAUUGUUUUACCAUAUUAAAAUGAGUUUACUUCACAUAACAAGAUUGACCUUAAAAUGAUGAAUCACUAAUCACAUUAAAUAAAUAAUAAUCUUCAGAAGUUACUUUGUCAAAGCAAUAAAAUAACUAGGGAUUUACAUUUACCACAUUUCCAUCCAGAGUCAUACCGUAUAAAAAUAAAAAUAAAUCACUACAGCUCUGAUGGAAACAGUCAAUUUCUGUACAAUUUUCUGUACAAAUUUUUAAAUGCCGACAGAUAAUUUGUUCGUUCGACUUUGGGAUUUUUUUGUGUCUGUAAAGUUAAUAAUGUGAUAGAUGGUGGUGGAAAUGCCUUUAAGCGCAUAUAUUUAUAUGAUAACCAUCAUAUCGAAGUAAACUUGGAGUCACGCGAUGAUAUGGUGUGUGGUCCUCCCACUACGACUCUGGAAAAUGUGCAUAUUUUCUUAAUGCAGAUUUUUGAAUAUUCACAUGAAAAUCUGUCGCCAAUUGGAUGGAAACCUAGCUCGUGAUGGUGAACUUGGAGAAAUGUGGUUAAGUCAGUCACAAAGGGUGCACAGUCAAAGUGCAUAAUUUUCAUUUAAAAAUCAAUAUUGGUGCACAAUUUCUACUUAAAAUAUCAAAGGGACGCAAAAGGCACUCUCUUUGUGGAACGACCCAGAGACUACUAGAACUAGUUUACCAGUAAACUACCAGAACUUUGGUGUCUUUCAAGGAUUUUAUGUAAUUUAUCACAAGACAUCUAGUAGCCUUCUAUGGUACUUCAGAUGAUCACAGGUGUCUGUAUUUAUCUAUGGCCCUCUUUAAAUAAGAUGAUUUUAUAAUUUAAAAAAUUGAUGACAGCUGUAAAGCAUUAUCCUAAAUAUAAACCAUCAAUUUAGUGAAUACCAUUGGUGUUUAAUAUUUUGUAUUUUGGUAUUUAUUAGGAUCUCCAUUAGCUGCAAAAGCAUCAGCUAUUCUUCCUGGGGUCCAAUACAUAGUAUAGAACAUUAUUAGUCAAGGACUGAAAUAUGAGGGUUUCAGCAUGAAAUAUCUUUUAUUUUCAUUUAAAAAAAUUACACACAUUUAUUUUACUAUGUCAAUGUUUUGGCGUCAAACUGGUGGUAGUUGUGAGAAAAGUCAAUAGUUGGAUGAGUUGCGGAGGUAAUAAAAAAUAAUGCCAUUGUUGAUUAGAUGCUUUUUUCAUUAAUUAGGCAAUUUUCUCUUGAACCUUAUGGUCUAUCUAUUAGUAAACUCAUGGACAAUACAGACACAGAUAUAACAAAAUGAAUACUAUAUCGGCUAAUAUUUGUAACGUGAUCCUGCGUUGUGUACUGUAUAAUGUGAAAUAAAAAUAAAAUGUUGAUCACAAUAAAAAAAAAAAGAAUACUAUAUACUAUACUUUAAAAAAAGUAUUAUUCAGGUAGCGGGGUGGCAGGUAGCUUAGUGGUUAAGAGCAUUGUGCCAGUAACCGAAAGGUCGCUGGUUCUAAUCCCCAAGCCGACUAGGUGAAAAAUCUGUCGGUGCCCUUGAGCAAGGCACUUAACCCUAAUUGCUCCUGUAAGUCGCUCUGGAUAAGAGCAUCUGCUAAAUGACUAAAAUGUAAAUAUAUUACCAAAGUUACGAUAGAAUGACAUAGAUUUUCAGUGAAUUACCAAAAUUACUGAAGAUUCUGGUAACUUUGGUAAAUUACCGGCAGCUUUGCAACCCUAACUACAACAGAGCUUAGAAUGUCCGACAAAGAUAAUGUUUCCUUUGUACAGACGGACAGAAGCCCUGAGUGAGAAGCUGCUCCCUCUCCAGUUGUUACUGGACUGAGCAUAUAGAUCUCCUCUCUUUGUUCUGUGUCUAUGCUGCUACUGCUGUUAGCAUUGGAGGUGAUUAAUUUCCGCUACACUAUAAAUAUAUUCACCCAACUCUCUCCUCUCCUCAGCUUCUGCUCCUUUUCCCCUCAUCAACAGCCCUGCUCUUUCUAAAAUAGCAUCCGUUUAUCUGACUAUCCGCAGGCCUUGUAAAUGUUGCCUUAAACACACAGCUAGUCAACCCCCAGUCGACCCCACAGCAUCAGCCUCUUAAAACAUGCUCUCCAUCUCACAAGCAGCGCCACCAUUGAAACAGCACACUCUUCCACUGUCCCAACCUCCCACUGAGCUUUGCCCUGUUUAACUCCAAAUGCUAUCUGCAUAGGCUGUUCUUAUGAUCGCACAUUUUGAAUUGAGUUACUGAGUGUUGGAUGAUCUAUAACAGCAGAUGAGGUUUUGAUGUCCUUAGAAGCCCUGCCUUUGACUAUGUUAGCCAGAUUUUAUUAAAUCAAUGAGUUCACAUUUACAUAAUCGUUAGGCUAGGUGAUAGAAGGUUUAUAAGGGUGGCUGACUUUCAUCCAACUAAGAGUGACAGAGAGGCACUUGAUUAGAUACACGUUUUCUAUUGAUGUGUUUAAUGCUUGGCGCACAACCUUCACAUCCUAAAUAAACAACCUCUCAUCUCUCUGUUAUCUCUCUCUCGCUCUCAUUCCAGUCGUCGGCCAAGGGCCUGCGUGCGACCAUCGGCGAGGCAUUUGAACGUCUGCAGCGGUUCCUGCGAGAGCGCCAGAAGGCCAUGCUGGAGGAGCUGGAGACGGACACGGCGCGCACGCUCUCCGACAUCGAGCACAAGAUCCAGCGCUUCAGCCAGCAGCUGCGUGACGUCAAGGAGGGCGUCGGCAUCCUGCAGGAGCGUCUCAACGAGACGGGACGCCACGACUUCCUGGAGGGCGUGGCCCUCACCUCCGAGAGGUGCUCUGCUUACUGUCUGACUGACCUUGGAUCAGCUCUUCUUCCAAAAAGCCACAGUCCUAAACUUUUGUAAGAUAGUACGCUGUCUGAGGUUAUGUUAUGUUAUGUUACCCUCCCAACUUAAGACCAUCCCCUGAAUGUAAUGAAUGUAACCCAUUCUGCUCAUCGUCAGGAUACUGAUAGCGAUACUGAUACUGAUAGCUUGGAGAUAAAGUGUAGAGUUAAGCAACAAGGCUUAUCCCAGGUCUCUGACAGAUGACUUAUUAGGGCAGAUAUACCAGACUCAUUAUUUUAAAGCGGGUGCUCGGGGGUUUAAGUUAAAGUAUUUAAGAUCUUAGAAGGGAUUGAUAAGGUGGACUAAGGAAGUUGUUGCCUCAGAAUGCUUUCUAACAACCGGUCCAGAGGGCAUUGACAGGAAUGAGUGAAGAAUGAACUGAUAUACAGGUUUGCCUUCUCACAAAGUUACAAAGAUGCCAGGAAGUGUAGUACUGGCAGAAACCCUUGGAAAAUGUGAGAACAGGCUUGACAAGGUUGUGGUUUCUCCUCAGGCGAACUCUCACAUAGACUCACAGCAGGUGAAUGGUUAGCUUUGCAUAAUUUUCUAUUUAAAUGUUUCAAUGUUCCUCAGGAUUUUCAGUGUACAGCUGUGCAGCCCUAUGGUUCCCAGGCAGGGUUGAGAGGGGGGUUCAAAUUAAAACCACCACCUCUUCCUGCCUGAACCAAAGGAUACAUGUGGGAGGAAUGAGAAUGACUAAUGUGGUGGUGGAUACUGUAAUAGCAUCACAGCUGACCCCCUCCAUCAUCCAUAUCAAUCUACACUGCUGUAGAAUAUUACGUGGGCAUCCAGAGUCUGACAGAUGCUUUUAUCAACAACAAACAGAGAAAAUAGAGCAAUUACUAGAGACAUCUCAGAGAGAGAGAGAGAAGUGAAUGUAAAAGUAGAUCGAUAAUUGACAAUGGCAUUGACAUUGAUCGUCCUUCUCCACCCACAGGAUAAAAGGAAAGAUACAUGAGACCAAUCUAACAUAUGAAGAUUUCCCGACCUCCAAGUACAUGGGGCCCCUGCAGUACACAAUAUGGAAGUCUCUAUUUCAGGAUAUUUCACCAGGUAUGCACCACCUAUGUUAACCCUCACACAAUUCAACUGUGUAACAGCAUGGGCUUCAGCAGGAGCCUCUUAUGAACUGUUAGAUGCACCCAAAUACCUCAGCACAUCAUUCAGUAAUGAAACAAAUCAUUGUCUUUCACCAUGGAUUUUUACUCCAAAGGGUGCUCUUAAGCAAGGCACUUAACCCUAAUUGCUCCGGUAAGAUCGCUCUGGAUAAGAGUGUCUGCUAAAUGACAUAGAUUUAGGUGUAAAUUGGGCUUUGAUUGAUGCCUUGUAAAUAAUGGUAACCUUAGAAAAAAAAAACUCCCACAGUGUGAGCUAAUCCUGCAUUAAAUAUCUGGGAUGUUUGUGAGCUUUGUGAGAAGAUGGUGGCUGGAGGGUUGAGAUGCCCUUCAUUGUUAGGAAAGCUGAUGAAGAUCUCUCUUAUUUUCCCUCCUCUUCUCCCUGAGCCCACAGCCAUCACUCACUCUCAGAGAAGGUUCUUUAAAAUAACGCACUAGGGAAUAGUUCACUCCUUCAGUCCAUUCUCUCAGUUUGGCCUCCUGUAGCUGGGGAUAAGGCAGGGUGGUUUCUUGACCUCCCUUGACUGUGUGCCAAAUGGAACAAUUGGUUCAGAUCCAUCACCACUAGCUGCCACAGUGACAGCACAAAGCCUUUUCUCCCAUCAUCCCUCUCUCUCUGCAGAUGCUAGUUUAGGGGAUUAAUAGUAGUCUACCCCUCCUCUUCUCUCAAACCCAGUGCCCUUUUUCAUCCAUUUUCCCAACUAGAAAAUGGCAUAUGUGUUAAUGACUUGAGUGUAUGAAUGCAUGUGUUUGUAUGUGUGCAAGAGAUAUUAUGACAUUUUCAUGAAUUGAUUGAAACACUGCCUGGCUAUGUCAUUGCGUGGUGAAGACAUUGUCCUGCCUGCUGGCUAGUGGCAAGGCCUCCUGUUUAUACUGUGAGAUAUAAACACUGAGGAACAAGGGGGAGAUUUGGCAAAUUCCUUUCUCUGUUCUGUUCAAUGUUAAACCAGCUCUAUGUAUGGGAGUGAGUGAGGAGAACAAACCGCUAUUGUUCUCCUGGCUCAUUUUCCCAUAAUAACAGAACCCCCUUAAAAGACAGAACCUAGUGCUAUUUAGUGGUGGAGCAGGCAGGGGUGGAGUGCUACAACCACACUCCCUCCCUAACCCACAGUUAACCCACAGUUAACCCACAGAACGACAUGUAGCUAGCUGCCUCCAGCCCUGCCAAGCCAACACAGAGCUGUAGAGACAUGCUCCUCCCAGCUCUAUUUCCAUAGCUUUGCAUGACAUUGUUGCAGAGUACAAUAUCAAAUAGUGGAGGCCAAGGUACUUUGAAUGCAUACUCUAUCAGCUGUUUCCCUUUGUAGCAUAAAGUCAAAGUGUACGAACCAACAGUCCCAAACAUGGCUAAUGUAAAUACUCUUCCUGAUAGAUAUACGCUACAGUUGGGCAAUAGGGUGUAUUACAAGAGUGGAUUAUCAGGCUACCCCAUCAGUCAUCCCAAAUCCCAAUACCAAGACAGUCCCUUAUUCUCCUCCUGAUUGGGUCCUUCAGCUGCACCAGCUCAUAUGAUUGGUAGAGCAGAAACACCAGCCAAAGUCAGUAAACCUACACUGACUGACCACUGCAGACAGAGACUGUGCCAGUGACUCGGCUCCUCUUUCCAAACAGAAUGUCCUUUGUCCUCUCCCAACCGUCUGAUGAAUCACUUUUAAAGAUAACAUUUUGAAAAUCAAUUUGUAUGCACUUGCCUUCAGAUCCCCUCUCCAGUUCAGUGACUGGCUGAAAUGGGAUGCCAGGACAUUUUCACUGCCUCAGCAUAAAACUCAGACAGUACAGCGAUGAUGGUGACAAAUGGAGUGCAAUGAAUGACAUCACAGUUCUGGCGCUAGUGUCUGUCUGAGAGAGGGAGCGUCCUCAUAUCAUAUUUAUGUUUCUCUCUUUUGGUAAACAGUAUGGCAAGAAUAUGUCCUUAGACAGGAUACAGAUAACUGGCUUUAUCUGGGCUAGCCCUGUCUGGUCGUCUCUGCUGUGUUUUCGAACUGUCUCCAUGCUUAAUAUGUCCCUUCUCUCUCUCUCUCUCUGUAGUGCCAGCAGCUUUGACCUUAGACCCCAUCACAGCCCACCAUAGACUCAUCCUAUCAGAUGACUGCACCAUUGUAGCCUAUGGUAACCUGCACCCCCAGCCCCUGCAGGACUCCCCGCGGCGCUUCGACGUCGAGGUGUCUGUGCUGGGGGCCGAGGGCUUUGGCUCGGGGGUGCAUUACUGGGAGGUGAUGGUGUCGGAGAAGACCCAGUGGAUGAUCGGCGUGGCCAACGAGACGGUCAGCCGCAAGGGCAGCAUCCAGAUCCAACCCAGCCGCGGCUUCUACUGCAUCGUCAUGCACGACGGCAACCAGUACAGCGCCUGCACCGAGCCCUGGACCCGCCUCAACGUCAAGAGCAAGCUGGAGAAGGUGGGCGUGUACCUGGACUACCCCAAGGGCCUGCUGGUGUUCUACAAUGCUGACGACAUGUCCUGGCUGUACACCUACCGGGAGAAGACGUUCCCGGCCAAGCUCUGCCCCUACUUCAGCCCCGGGCAGAGCCACGCCAACGGCAAGAACGUCCAGCCGCUAAGAAUCAACACUGUGCGUCUAUAAGAACCACACACAGGGUCACUCUACAGAUCAGAUCACACACCUCAACCCUCCCUGAGGAUAGGGUACCAACGAUGAUAUAACUAAGAUCCUAAAGACAGCUUGUUUUUAAAAAUUUGAGAAAAAAAACAGGGGUAUGACUAUGAAAUGUGGAUUUCUUCCGGGCUGGUGUUCUGUCCGGGUCGCUGUUUUUCCUUGCCUGUCGGUGUGGCUCCUCAUUGAUCUCACCAGGGAGGGACUAUGUGGACAUUGCUGCGGCAUCAUGGUUUCAACUGGAGCCCUGGUCAGCUUCUACAGUGGUGUAAGGAGAGAGAGACCCCCAAGCCCCUCUGGGCUUUACUCUGUCUGCAUAGAUGUCAUCCCACCGUGGUUUAGUAGUGGUAUCUCUGUACUGUGACUGUCUGAGGCCCACCUUGCACAGGCCCAAGGGCUCUGCUCUCCUUACAAGGCUCCAGACGGCUGCUCCGUCUGUCUCUCUCAGCAGCCAGACAUUUGACACUGGUGGUCACCUUUCUUUCUUUUGGCUUGUUUGUGGAAUGUGUCUGACAACACUCUGCUCCUUUUCCUUUGGCACAGUUAGCAGUUGUGAGCUUGUGAGUGAAAGCCUGUCGUCGUGGCAGUGAGUGCUGUUCCAUGUCCUUCUGUGUACCUGUACCCUUUACUGAUGGAAAUGAUGUUGCAGCUCUUGAUUCCUGUCCCUCAGGUCACACGUCCAGUUUUCCAUCGUCGACAGUGUCAGUCAGUCCAAGUGCUGGACAUGGCUGAUACUCAUGAUUUGUAAUGGCAGCCUCAUGGUCCGUGUGCUCUAGUGAUGGUCACUCUGUGCAUGGUCACUAGUGGUGUUUGCCGUCCUCACCCUUCCCUCGUUUCCCUACACCUCUCCCUCUCUGUUCCCUCUCUCAGCACACCUACCUCCUGUGAGCGAUGUUGGGGUGCUUGGAGAGGUGGGCCUGAGAAUGUGCUGCUAUGGGAGUGAGGACAUGUUGCGUGUUUCACGCCUGGCCUCUCUCCUCUCCCCACCGGGUGGUUUCUGUUGGGUUCUUCCACUCCAGCAUGAGAGCUCUACUCUACCUGUCAUGUACCUAUGUUUUCACAUAUUUUGUUACCUUUAUUUUAGCAGGUUAGUCUCAUUGAGAUUAACAAUCUCUUUUACAAGAGAGACCUGGCCAAAAUAGCAGCACACAAAGUUGCAGACACAUUUACAACAUAAAACAAAAAGCACUACAGUUUAAACAACAUCAAUUUACACAUUGAACAACAAGAUGGUUUGGGAAAGUGUGGUGCAACUAGGGGUCAAAACAUUGGUCAAAACAAAAUGGUAGCUGUCUCAAUAUGGUCUUUUAAAUAAAAAUGUACCAAUGAUUUAACCCUUGGUAAAAUAAGGGUUAAAUACAAAAUCAAAAUAAAAGAAGAGCUAAGGAAGGCCAGCCCACUCUCAUAUAGAGGUUACAGUGAUGAGUGAGGGCUUUGGAGUUGGUAACAACACUCAGCACCCCAUGGUACACAGGGUCCCGCAUACGUAAUGACGCCACAGGGGCAUACAUGUACAAAAUAUCACCAUCAUUAAUUACAGGCACGAAAGUAGCGGAAAAUAGCCUCUUUCUCGUGUCAAAAGAAAAACAUGACUUAUUACAAGCCUAAGCUUUUUCACAAGACCUUCGAUGUGGGGUUUAAAGGUGUCACUCAUCUAUCAAGAAACCCAAGUACUUGUACGUUUAUACUCUUUCUAUUUGCUUGUCCUGUGUAGUGACUAUACGUGGACGAGUCUGAGGUUUCAACUUAGAUUUUGUCUUUUCAGCAUUUAAAAGCAACUUCAGCUGACAGAGCUGAGUCUGGACAAUAGUAAAGGCAGACUGCAGCUCUUCAAAGGCCUUAUUCAGUGUUACUGCACAAAAAUAAACAACUGUCGUCAGCAUAAAAAUGAAAACUAGCAUUUGACAAAUUUCUACCAACAUUAUUAAUAUAGAUAGUAAACAACAGUGGUCCAAGAACAGCUCCAUGUGGCGCCACCUUCUGGACGGUUAACAUAUCAGAUGACUUGCCAUCAAACUGGACUCACUGAGUUCUAUCUGACAGUUACCUUUUGAACCAUGAGACUGCCUGAUCAGAUAAUCCUAUCUCCUAUCCAAGUCUUUGCAACAUGUCAUGAUCAAUGGUGUCGAAUGCCUUCGACAGCUCGAUGAAAAGGGAGACAGUGCUGUUUCUUGUCCAUGGCAUCAAUAAUAUCAUUAACAACUUUUGUUGCUGCAGUAGAAGUGCCAUGCUGUUUUCUGAAACCUCAUUAAAACUUUGACACAGAAACCUCUGGUUAGCACGCGUACAUUCCUGAUUCCAUCUCCCUGCCUCCUCCCUCCCAUGAUGUCUCAUCAUCGCAACGUAGGUGUCAGAGGUUAAUCCGAAUAAAUGAAUCUUGACAUCUGCUAAAUUACAGUUGGCCUAUGGGGCAGAGACCACUUACGACUCGAGCAGCAUGAUGCUGCAAUUAAUGAGCUCUGGAAGGUUUUUAAGCAUUCUGUCUUUUUUUUUUCUUCAAAUAUUUUGAAGAUAGUAAAUGCUAUGGACACCAAAUGUUUUCUUUGUUUUAAAGAAAAUAAUAUGGUCAGUCUAAAUAUACUGAACAAAAAUAUAAACGCAACAUGCAACUAUUUCAUUGAUUUUACUGAGUUACAGUUCAUAUGAGGAAAUCAGUCAAAUUCAUUAGGCCCUAAUCUAUGGAUUUCACAUGACUGGGAAUACAAAUAUGCAUCGGUUGGUCACAGAUACCUUAACAGAAAUGGGCCUCAUUAUGGACCUCAGGAUCUCGUCAUGGUAUUUUUGUGCAUUCAAAUUGCCAUCGAUAAAAUGCAAUUGUGUUCGUCGUCCGUAGCUUAUGCCUGCCCAUACCAUAACCCCACCGCCAUCAUGUUCACAACGUUGAUAUCAGCAAACCGCUCGCCCACACAACGCCAUACACGUGGUGUACGGUUGUGAGGCCGGUUGGAAGUACUGCCAAAUUCUCUAAAACGGCUUAUGGUAGAGAAAGGAAAACUCAAUUCUCUGGCAACAGCUCCUGCAGUCAGCAUGCCAAUUGCACGCUCCCUCAAAACUUGAGACAUCUGUGGCAUUAUGUUGUGUGACAAAACUGCACAUUUUAGAGUGGCCUUUUAUUGUCCCCAGCACAAGGUGUAAUGAUCAUGCUGUUUAACAAUCUUCUUAAUAUGCCACACCUGUCAGGUGGAUGGAUUAUCUUGGCAAAGGAGAAAUGCUCACUAACAGGGAUGUAAACAAAUUUGUGCACAAAAUUUGAGAUAAAUAAGCUUUUUGUGCAUAUAGAACAUUUCUGGGAUAUUUUAUUUAUAUGAAACAUGGGACCAACACUUUACAUGUUGCAUUUAUAUUUUUGUUCAGUGUAGUUUAAUAACAACAUUAAGGAUAUGAAAAUGGCCAAGGAAAGUGAUAUUACAGUACAUUAUUAUACUGCACUGGCCUGGACUGUUGACAUCUUGUUGGCAAUGUUACAUUUAGUUCCAUAAGACCAUUGUAAACAUAAUACACCAAUAUAUAUUCUCUGAGGCCCAGUUAUGUGUUGGCUCAGCUGCUUCAUAUGUCCCAAGAGCUCUUGUGAUCCCCUGGUUGAAGACAAGUCCUUCAGAUUCUGUAACAAGAAGCUCUUGUCCCUUAGCAAAGUCCAGCAUGAAGAGAGUCUAGAGCCAGGGACUGUCUGUAUGUUAGUGUGUGCGCAUGUUGGUGGGAUAUGUACAGUGCCUUCAGAAAGUAUUCCUACCAAUUGACUUAUUCCACAUUUUGUUGUGUUACACAGCCUGAAUUUAAAAAAUGGAUGAUUUUUUUUUAUCUCACCCAUACACACACAAUACUCCACAAUGACAAAGUGAAAUCAUGUUUUUAGAAUUGUUUUGCAAAUGUAAUGAAAAUGAAAUACCGAAAUAUCUCAUUUACAUAAGUAUUCACACUCAACUUUGUAGGAGCACCUUUGGAUGUGAUUACAGCUGUGAGUCUUGUUAGGUAAGUCUCUAAGAGCUUUCCACACCUGGAUUGUGCAAAAAUUUUUCCAUUAUUCUUUUCAAAAGUCUUCAAGCUCUGUCAAAUUGGUUGUUGAUCGUUGCUAGACAACCAUUUUAGGUCUUGCCAUAGAUUUUCAAGUAGAUUUAAGUCAAAACUGUAACUCGGCACUCAGGAACAUUCACUGUCUUCUUGGUAAGCAACUCCAGUGUAGAUUUGGCCUUGUGUUUUAGGUUAUUGCCCUGCUGCAGGGUGAAUUAAUCUCCCAGUGUCUGGUGGAAAGCAUAUUGAGCCAGGUUUUCCUCAAGGAUUUUGCCUGUACUUCGCAACAUUCCGUUUCUUUUUAUUCCUGAAAAACUCCUCAGUCCUUAACGAUUACAAGCAUACCCAUAACAUGAUGCAGCCACCACUAUGCUUAAAAAUAUGGAGAGUGGUACUCAGUAAUGUGUUGUAUUGUAUUUUCCCCAAACAUAACACUUUGUAUUCAUUGCAAAAAGUUAAUUGCUUUGCCACAUACUUUAGUGCCUUGUGCAAACAGGAUGCAUCUUUUGGAAUAUUUUUUAUUCUGUACAGACUUCCCUCUUUUCACUCUGUCAAUUAGGUUAGUAUUGUGGAGUAAUUGUUGUUGAUCCAUCCUCAGUUUUCUCCUAUCACAGCCAUUCAACUCUGUAACUGUUUUAAAGUCACCAUUGGCCUCAUGGUGAAAUCCCUGAGCAGUUUCCUUCCUCUCCGGCAACUGAGUUAGGAAGGACGCCUGUAUCUUUGUAGUGACUGGGUGUAUUGAUACACCAUCCAAAGAGUCAUUAAUAACUUCCCCAUGCUCAAAGGGAUAUUAAAUGACUGCUUUUUCUUUUUUUUACCCAUCUAUCAAUAGGUGCACUUCUUUGCGAGGCAUUGGAAACCUCCCUGGUCUUUGUGGUUGAAACUGUGUUUGAAAUUUACUGCUCAAUUGAGGGACCUUACACAUAUUUGUAUGUGUGGGGUACAGAGAUGGGGUAGUUAUUUAAAAAGUUGUGUUUAACACUGCACACAGAGUGAGUCCAUUUAACUUAUGUGACAAAUUUCUACUCCUGAACUUUACGCUUGCCAUAACAAAGCGGUUGAAUACUUAUUGACUCAAGACAUUUCAGCUUUUCAUUUGUAAUUAAUUUGGAGAAAUGUCUAAAAACAAUUUCACUUCCAUAUUAUUGGUUAUUGUGUGACCAAAAAAUCUCAAUUUAAUACAUUUUAAAUUCAGGCUGUAACAUUUGGAAAAAGUCGAGGGGUGUGAGUACUUUCUGAAGGCGCUGUAUGUUCUGGCCUCUUGUCUGUGAGGUGAAGUGAUAAAAGAUCCCCCUAUAUCCCUGCCUGUCCCUGGUCUUGCAUCCUUGUGUUUGUAUGCGUCUUGUCUGUGUUGUCUACUUUAAAGAACUGGGGCAGUGCCCUGCUUUGUUGGAUGCGUUGUUGGUGUGUUCUGAUGAGUAUGUGCAGGAUGAUGCAGAUCCCUGUGGGGUCUAUUAAAAGCAAGACUGCUGUCCGGUGAUAUGGAUACGAAGCAGAAUAUUAUUAUUAUUGUUGGGUGGUGGUGGGUAACUGGUGGUGGUGGUGGUGAUGAUGAUCAUAAUGGUGAUGGUGAUUAUAAUACCACUUUUAAUGAUGAUUAUAAUUAUGAUUGUGUCUGGAUGUCGGUGGCUGUGCACCCAUCAUUGUGCGAAUACACACUGGUGUGCUUGUUGCUAGAGGAUCAUGAGAUAUGUUUUAAUAUACAAUUAAAGACUGGUAAAACCAACAUGCCUGUUUGAUUUUCUUUUAGAAACACUGAUAAACAUACUAGUACAUUAACAUGUCGUUCUAAUGCAUUUGUUGGGGCUCAGAGUCCUUCGACAAUAUGCAUGUGAAAUGCUUGCGCAGACAAUGUUUUCACAGAACUCAUUACUAGAGAGCAGCUAGAAUAUAUCAGAAUGUACAGUAUGAGAGAUUGCCUGUGGAAGCUAAUGCUUGCUGGCGUACAUUCUGUGUCAAGGUGCAUAUUUCAGCUGAGAUGUGCCAAAUCCCUGCGUUGUGAAAGCCUCCCUGGCAAGCCAGAGACUAUGUAGUCCCUUUGUUCCUCCCCUUUUCAUGCUGAGGCAUUUUUCAACUAGAUGAAUAAAAAGCUGAGAGUAACCUUGUGAUGGAUCACACUGUCUGAACACAAGACAACCUCACUGCAGGGGAGGGCCUUACUGUGCUGUAUGCAGGGCUGAUCCCUCACUCAAUGGCUCUCUGUCUGCUGUUUAUGAGAAUGCCUGGCGAUUGGAGAAUGCCUUCUAAAAAAGGGCCAGCCCACUCAUUUAUUUUUAAUGAAACCAUUGUAUAAAGUGAACGUCUGAAGCAAGAAGCAGCGGUUAGCCGGCUAUUUGAUAUCGGUGCCGUUGUUGGAGGAAAGGUUAUGCUUGUAGCGUGACAUUACCUCAUGCGCCAUUAUAUGUGCUAAUUGAGGGCCGAUUGAUUCCAGUUGCAUCAUUAUUACAGAGGAGCUGUGGACCUGGCAACAGAGCAGAGCAACCGAGAGCCUUUGUUAAUGUCAGUCAGUUAGACCCCAGGACAAGAUCUCACUACUUCUCCUCUACAGUAUAGUUUUCUCCUCUCACUCUCCUAUAUUGGAGCAGACCAUCUAACUUCACCUCAGGAGAAGUUGUCCAUUAAAAUGGAAGGGAUAUUUUGCCUCACCAUUUCAUACAGGUAAAUGUGGCACAGGUAUGGGUGUAGUGUGAGCUGUUGGCUUCACUGUCCUCUAAGAACAGUGAGCUGAUGGUAAGUAGGGCUGUUCUCUCACAGGUACCAUAACUAGUGACUCUGAAUGAGCUGGAGAGAGCGUCUUCACUCUAUCAAAUCAAAUGAUGCCAUAGACACGAUGAGUAGACCACAUACAGUGUGUGUUUGUGGCUAGAGUUUAGAUCAGGAAGUAAAUGAAUACAGAGUAAACAAAGUGACCUUGAGAAAGAUGACGAAUGGAACUCUUGUCACAAUGAUAAUAUUUUGUUGAGUGUUAUCUGCAUGCACUCAUGGUUUGAACAAAGGAACAGUCUGAACAUAAUCUGAUUUUUGUAAAUGUAGCCUCUGCAGGGCAUAUUCAAGUCCUUUGUACAAACAAUUUAGCCCCGUUUUCAGCAGCAAAAUGCUCUAAUUCUUCAAUAUUUAAGGGGUGCCCUCCACAAACUGCUGUUUUCAGAUCUCGCCAUAGGUUUUGGAUUUGAUUCAGGUCUGGUAUUUUCGUAGGCCACUCCAGAACAGUCCAGCAUCUCUUCUUAACCCUUCCUGGGUGCUUUUUGAUGUGUGUUUGAGGCCGUUGUCCUGCUGAAAGACCCACAAUCUUCAAUGGAGGCCCAGUUUUUGGACACUUGGUUGAACAAAACACCUGAUAAUCUGCUGAUUUCAUGAUGCCUUGUGUAGUUCAAGGCCCCUAGUACCAGAGGCGGCAAAGCGACCCCACAGCAUUAUCAAAUCUGCCCCAUCUUUGAUUGUAGGGAGGGUGUUCUUUUCAUUGAAUGCUUAAAGGUGUUUUGGAGUGCAAUGCUCAAAUCAGUGUCCAGAAACGGUCUCUCUGUUGAAGGUAGUGGGUCUUCCAGUAAGACAACAAAAAAAACAUGGUUCAAGAAGAAACACUGGACUGUUCUGGAGUGGCCAGUGAUGAGUCCAGAUCUGAAUCACAUCCAAAACCUAUGGCGAGACAGCAGAAUUAGAGCAGUUUGCUGCUGAAGAGUGGGCCAAAUUGCCAGUAGAAAGGUGCAGCAAGUUCAUUGAUAGUGUUAGGUUCUAAGUUCUGGUACAAAAUCCAGGACACCAAAGGAAGCUCAGACUACAUUUAUUACACCCAAACUGGAUGCUACAGCUGCAAAGCACAACAUACAAUUGUUACGAACCCUGUGGCUUUAAACGUCUAGGGUGGAUGGACAAGAGACCCGUAACAUAAUUCAUGCAAAUUAGAAUCGUGACAUGGAACAGUGAGAACAAAAACGACACGACAACCAUAAACUACCGUCAAACAUAAAAGGUUUAUUUUUGAACACACGGUAAAGGUUUGGGGAAAAAGGGCUGAGCAGGACCCAAGAAAUGAAACAAUAGUGUAAAACACCCCUAAACUGAUCUUGCCUGCCUCAAGAACCGCUAAGCUACUGCUAAUCAUACAAAAAUUACAGUGGGUGGUCCGCUCAGGUCUAACUAGUGUUUUUAGACUUUUCUUCCUACGGGUAAUAUACGCCCAAGGGCAACUUGCUUAAACUCCCCUUUUCCCAGAAACAAAGUUACCAAACAGAGUUACCAGCAAAUGAGUGAGUACACAAAACACCACAGUAUCCAUACUCACAUACGGAAAAUAGUCUAACAAAGUUACCAAACAGAGUAACCAGCAAAUGAGUGAGUACACAGGACACCACAGUAUCCAUACUCACAUACAGAAAAAGUCUCUCACAAAGUUACCAAACAGAGUAACCAGCAAAUGAGUGAGUACACAAAACACCACAGUAUCCAUACUCACAUACGGAAAUAGUCUCUCUCUACAAACACAACUGACUGGCUUUAAAACAAUGGGAUGUGUGAUUGAAAAACCAGAAACAGAUGGUGCAAUGCAGAGGAAUGUCCACUGAUUGGUCCACCUCAGCAAUCAGCAGACACCCCAACGACCACCAAUCAGGAACAUACAGGACACCUGUGAUUAGGGCAGAAGGAGAGGAAAAACACAAAAAGACACAGGAUACCUGUAUCCGUAACAACAAUUCUCACACGCAUAUAUUUAUACCUUCCGAUUAGGCGGAGUCACUUCCUUGUACUGUAUUUCUAGGAUAAACAAUCAGUCUCUGUUACUGGGCAAGAACUGAGUCUGUUCUUCCUAUUGGAGUUAUCGUGGCCCAGCAUGAGUCCAGAAUCUUAAUGGGUAGGGAUGUGAGAUAAAACUACAGUUGGAGUAUUGUUGGGAUGGGCCCCUCUAGCCCCACCUCCCAGAGGUUUCUUCGUUCUUCAACUGUUGUGCUCACCUCGAUGUUGAACUCUUUGUCUCUCCCUGCCCUAGUUCCACAGAAACUAGCCUGACCUUACCAGGAACUGAGACUCGACUGUGGCUCUACCUACUUCCUUAGAAAUAUUAAUAUACAGCAAUAAUGUAUAUGGACAUAGAGAGACUUUCUGUACUUCCCCUUGCCGCUGCAAUAACACUCUCCAGCUCCAACAUCCUAACCAAUAACAAGGUAUUACUACUAAUAAGCAGAUUAUGCAAUUAUUAACAGGCUCAUUAUACAACUAAAACAGCUCAAGUCAAAUCAUGUCCAACAAUGGCUACAAGAAGCAUUUGUAGAAGUUGUUUUGGCCAUAGACUGUGCAACCAAGUACUAGCUCUGGGGUGGCAAUAAUUCUGUCCAUGCCAUUUCUCUUUAAUUUAUCAAUAAAAAUUGUAAACUUAAGUUCUGCAAUGUUAAAAAUCAAAUAACAGGGUGUGGAGACCUUUAAAAAAAAAAACGUGUUUACAUUUAUUUUAGAAGAAAUAGGGAAUUAUUUAAGAAAGGUGCAAGGGUGCCAAUAGAAUUGGCCGCAACUAUACCUAUAAUAAUGACAUUUAUGUAUUUUUUAUAUAUAUAUAUUUUUGUGCUCUUUUCUACAUUGUAGAAUAAUAGUGAAGACAUCAAAACUAUGAAAUAACACAUAUGGAAUCAUGUAGUAACCAAAAAAGUGUUAAACAAAUCAAACUAUAUUUAUAUAUUCAAGAUUCUUCAAAGUAGCCACCCUUUGCCUUGAUCACAGCUUUGCACACUCUUGGCAUUCUCUCAACCAGCUUCAUGAGGUAGUCACCUGGAAUGCAUUUCAAAUAACAGGUGUGUCUUGUUACAAGUUAAUUUGUGGAAUGUAUUUCCUUCUUAAUGUGUUUGAGCCAAUCAGUUGUGUUGUGACAAGGUAGGGGUGAUAUACAGAAGAUGUUUGGUAAAAGACCAAGUCCAUAUUAUGGCAAGAACAGCUCAAAUAAGCAAAGAGAAAUGACAGUCCAUCAUUACUUUAAGACAUGAAGGUCAGUCAAUACGGAACAUUUCAAUAACUUUUAAAGUUUCUUCAAGUGCAGUCGCAAAAACCAUCAAGCGCUAUGAUGAAACUGGCUCUCAUGAGGACCGCCACAGGAAAGGAAGACCCAGAGUUACCUCUGCUGCAGAGGAUAAGUUCAUUAGCGUUACCAGCCUCAGAAAUUGCAGCCCAAAUAAAUGCUUCACAGAGGUCAAGUAACAGACACAUCUCAACAUUAACUGUUCAGAGGAGACUGCGUGAAUCAGGCCUUCAUGGUCGAAUUGCUGCAAAGAAACCACUACUAAAGGACACCAAUUAGAAGAAGAGACUUGCUUGGGCCAAGAAACACGAGCAAUGGACAUUAGACCGGUGGAAAUCUGAUGAGUCCAAAUUUGAGAUUAUUGGUUCCAACCGACGUUUCUUUGUGAGACGCAGAGUAGGUGAACGGAUGAUCUCCGCAUGUGUGGUUCUCACCGUGAAGCAUGGAGGAGGAGGUGUUAUGGUGUGGGGGUGCUUUGCUGUUGACACUGUCUGUGAUUUAUUUAGAAUUCAAGGCACACUUAACCAGCAUGGCUAUCACAGCAUUCUGCAGCGAUAAGCCAUCCCAUCUGGUUUGCGCUUAAAUGGGACUAUCAUUUGUUUUUCAACAGGACAAUGACCCAACACACCUCCAGGCUGUGUAAGGGCUAUUUGACCAAGAAGGAGAGUGAUGGAGUGCUGCAUCAGAUGACCUGGCCUCCACAAUCACCCGACCUCAACACAAUUGAGAUGGUUUGGGAUGAGUUGGACCGCAGAGUGAAGGAAAAGCAGCCAACAAGUGCUCAGCAUAUGUGGGAACUCCUUCAAGACUGUUGGAAAAGCAUUCCAGGUGAAGCUGGUUGAGAGAAUGCCAAGAGUGUGCAAAGCUGUCAUCAAGACAAAGUGUGGCUACUUUGAAGAAUCUAAAAUCUAAAAUAUAUUUUGAUUUGUUUAACACUUUUUGGUUAAUACAUGAUUCCAUAUGUGUUAUUUCAUAGCUUUGAUGUCUUCACUAUUAUUCUACAAUGUAGAAAAUAGUACAAAGAAAGAAAAACCCUUGAAUGAGUAGGCGUAUCCAAACUUUUGACUUUUACUGUAUAUUUCAAUACCAAUCUACAUCCAGUGUCAGAGAGUUUAGAGAGUGAGCUCAGCCUCAUUUUGUUCUGGGCUCCUGGCUGAAUCAUUAUUCUGCGGUGUAUCUGUCUGUACAGGUCUGAAUACUUUGGCAGCAGGGAAGAUGUAGCUAAUUAGGCCUACCUGCUGUUGACUCAGUGUUUGCCCUCUGGCUCUCUCAAGGGGAGCACAACCUAAACGUUACUCCUUUGUUCAAAGAAAUCCCCUCCAGCUCUUGUUUUAAUGUACUGUAUAGAAUACACAUUCUAGCCUGGGAGCUUCGGAGGUCUCUACGUUGUGAGCUGCCUGGGGUUGUUGCUGGCUGCAGGCUGCCCUCUGGUGUUGGCCUGGGUAAUAUCAGUGUCUCCAAUUUUCCAAUUGGCUCAUUCAUCCCCCCUCCUCUCCCCUGUAACUAUUCCCCAGGUUGUUGCUGUUAAUGAGAAUGUGUUCUCAGUCAACUUACCUGGUAAAAUAAAAUAAAAAGGAUCCUCUCUGGAGACAUUUGAACCUGAUGUUAGGAGGUAUGUAGCAUAUGUCUGCGAUGUGAGGCAGGGGACGGAACAGGGUUUAUAUAUAUAAUUUCCCUGGAUCCUGUAUGUGUCUCAGAUGUUAUUCAGCUCCCUGCUGUGCCUGUGAUCAAGUGGAAUCUAAUUCCUGGACUGUAAACCCCUGAGUAAAGAGAAAGCUUUGUUGUUCUUUUAUACUUAGCUACAGCCCAACGGCAGUAGUGUUGAGAGCCACUUUUUGGUAAGUGUACAUUAUAAUCACUUACCUUUUGCUGUGGUAAGGUGAAGUCAGAUAAUCCCCAAUCAAACUAAUCUCAAUCACACUCCAGAUAACUGAACCCCCAUGUACUGUUACUGUAUUCCAAUACUGUUUUAGCAAACUAAUUAUUAGGUUGCAUGUCUAUAGAUCUGGCAAGCAAGCCUCAACCUGCCUUUUUCAGCACUCCUCAGCAGCUUCCCAGAGAUCACUCGGCACGCAUGAAUAGACAGUCACAGUCAAAAGGGGAAUUGUUUACUUUAUAUCAUUGACAGGUAGACCAGCUGUCUACAUGUAAUAUUCAUCUGAUCCCACCACCGGACAAUACCUAAUUAAUCCCUCUCAACACAAUCCCAUUCCCAAACCACACCUUAGUAUCUAACACUACCCCAUCCAGGUUUAUUGUCCAGUACACUGACUUUAUGCCGGUGUUACAUUGACUGGGAGAGCCGUCUGUUGUCUGUGGCUUCUUUGGGUACAAACAAUAAGAUCUUCAAACUCCACUCCAGCAUUGUCUCUAUGUGCCUGAUCAGUAGGAUGUUCACACUGAGAUUUAGAGGUAACACACAGACGGUGAGCAGACACACAAACCCUGUCAUUACGUUUACCCCCAGGCAGGGAAAGCCCCACUGCCCCAGCCCCAGCCCACACUGGCUCUUGUAGGUAGAGUCUGUGUGUUCCUCCACAGUAGUACUGAGAGGCAUGUCUCCCAGUCCUUUUGUCUCUUUGUGUUCCUGUAGUCUGUCUACUGACAAACACUCCAGCGAUAAGUCGACAGGGUAUCCAUGGUGAGCCAGUGACAGCUGUAUGUUUUCCCCGGAACAUGGGCUGUGAAGGGAGCAUCUGGACCAUGUUGUCUCUGGGUCAACAGACUGUAUGGCUGCCACCGCUGACAUCACAGGGUUCACAGCCUUACAUGGCACAGGGAAUGUUUGUACGGGCAGUUGAAUGUCAGUGCCAUGUUCCUCCUUGUAUGUCGUUGCGGGUGUGUGUGGGUCCGUCUCUGUGUGGGCCAGGUGUCGUCUGAGCAGGCCCAAGCCCACCGUCAACACCAGCAGGAGGGCCAAGGUCACGGUCAAGCAGGGCUCACUCAGAGCAGACAGGACGUUGUUGGGGAGGCUGGGAAGGCACAGAGUGAGGGAGCUGGUCCUCUCCAUGCAGACCUUCACCCAAAGACUCCAGCUCUGACCCCCACAGAUGCCACAGAGAACCCACACCAGCAGACAGCAGAGGAAGUAUAUGAUGUGGGACAGACACUUUUCCUGGUCCUCUCUCCCUCCUCUCUGGGUGUCUGUGUCCCUGCUCUGCCCAUUCUCUACCUCCACUGUCACACUGUUGUGAGGUGCAGGAGCUUUAGAGCCCAGAGUUUUACUCUGUUCGUCUGCGUCUCCAUCCACUGCUCUACCUCCAUCACCAUGGACCUGGAGCCACUGCAACUUCAUGGCAGUCUCCACAGCAACAAGAGGAGUGGUCAUCAGCAGCACCGCCCAGUAGGUGUGGCUGAGGAAGAGCAGGAAGCGCAGGGCGAUGACAUCAGUGGAUAUGGAAAACUGAGGUAG